CAAGCAGUUACUCUGAUAUGUGUGACGAAGGGAACCGUUCUUCGCUCGGAACGUUGCGGACAUGCUCAGGAUUCCGGGGAGGAUUAAGGCUGUGCGCAGGCUGUUGCCCUCAUCCAAGAUGGAGCCGCGGAGUAAAGUGGGGCAUGAGAUGAGCCUGGCUGCCCUGCGCCACAACGACCCUUACAUCAGCGGCAUUGUAGACGUGACCGGGCAGGUAGCUCUGUAUAGCUUCAGUGCAAAGGCCAACGAGUGGGAGAAAACUGAAAUAGAAGGGACAUUAUUUGUGUAUACGAGGUCCGCAUCUCCUCAGCAUGGCUUUACGAUAAUGAAUCGGCUUAAUAUGCACAAUUUAGUGGAACCCAUCAACAAGGAUCUAGAAUUUCAGCUCCACGAGCCCUUCCUGCUGUACCGGAAUGCAAGCCUGUCCAUUUACAGUAUCUGGUUCUAUGAUGAGAAUGACUGCCAGAGGAUUGCAAAGCUGAUGACCCAAGUGGUGCAUCUGGAAUCGGAAAGAAUGAAAAAUCGGAAGCAGAGCCCCGUCAGUAUGAAUGGCUGCCUGGCUCGCCCCAUAGACAUCCUGGAGAUGCUGAGUAAGGCCAAGAAUGAGUAUGAGAAGGGUCAAGGAAAUGACUGUAGUGCGGUGAAGAACGUGCAUCUGGUGAAGACAGAUAGUUUUGAGAUGCUGGAACGUAACCCUACUUCUGCUCCUCAAGACAAGUCUUAUCCUACUGUACAAAAGCAUCUUACAGUUGAAGAACUGUUUGGAACCUCACUACCAAAAGAACAGCCAGCACCUAUGUGUCCUAAUGCUGCUAUGAAUAGGUCCUGCCUGCCAGAUGUAGGAGAACACAAUGUCUUCCGGCAGCCAGUGGUGGUGAAGGCCGAGCCUAGAAGCUUUAACUGUAGUGCUAGCGAUUUCAGUCAUCCUACCUGUAUUGCUCCAGGAAUGGUUUCUCAUGUUCCAGCGUCACAAGUGGACUCUCAGAAAGUUGUUCAUUGUCCUGUACGUAUAAGUCCCAGUCUUUGUUCGUCAUCUGAAGUCCUGAGCGCGUCCAUCCCACAUACUUCCAGCCUGUUGCACAUCAGACAGAUGUCUCCACAUUUAAGUCAGUCUAUUUCAGACGUUGCUCUCCAGAAUCCACCCUUGCUUCCACCGUUGGCUCCUGUCCGUAGUAGUAGCUUUUCUAGCACUUCUCAUCCAGAUGUGGAUCUUCUACAGAAGCUGAAAUUGACCCCUCAGAAUAACGCACUACAGGCUCAGACGGUCGUCAAAAACUUAAUUGCACCAAAGUUCUCCAGUACAGCCAGCCAGCUAGUAACACCUGAAAGCUUCAAGGAGAGUUCACUGAAAACAUUACCAGCCGGAACGCUGGUUAUGGCCCCUCUUCAGAAUGUUCAUGAAAAGAAAGAAACUGAAACAUUUGCCCAACCCUUGAGUUUAUCCAAGGUGGUAGCUGCUCCGCAGUUUGGUGCACCAACAACCACAGACGCUGCUUCUGUCCUCUGGUCUCCCAACGUAUUCCAGCAAGCAGCCCCAAAGCACACUAGCCAGGAUGAUCGAGCAGGGACACCACCUGGGAAGCACCGCAUGGUAGAUCAGACCAGGUCCUGCUCUGCUGGGAUAGCACUCAGCCGUGCUCAGCUCCAAGAAACCCUAGAACAUCUCAUAAAGAACGACUCCAGUUUUCUAAAUACAGUCCAUGAUGCCUAUUUACAAGUGGUCUCCAAAAGCAUGGGCAGUGUCAAACUAUAAGAAAGGAACGUGUUUGUGCCUCUCCUCCUCCCCUCACUAUCCAACAUCCAAAACAAGGACUCUGAGGGGACUGGCUGUAUAAUGAGUGCUGUGUAUGGUGCUUUCCGGAAACCGCCAGCUGUGUGCUUUAUGGGUUAUGGUAGCAUGCCAGCGAUCUGUGUUUACAUGGAGUAUUAUGCACAGAAAUAUUAUGUCAGAGGUUUGUUGGAAAGAUCUUCAUGCUUUACUGGAACACCUGGGAAAUAUCACUUAAAGUAUAUAGCUGAAACAAAGAACAGCAACACAGGGUUUCAGAAACUCCUUUUUGUUUUAUAGAGUUUUCCUUACCCAUAACGUAACACUUUAUUAAAUUCCGCUCCAUGUAGUGCCUUUUAUAACAGACUGACUUAGUUUCGUCUUCCUCUUCCCUUCUGAGCAGUUUUGGUUUUAAUAUUUUAAUAACUAGUAUAAACUGACUGUAAUUCCCUACAAGUCUCUUAACAAAUAACCCUGUCACCCAAAGGCAUUAGAACUUACCGUGCAGCUUGGCAUAGCAUGACAAGAAAACAGAUACAGUAUAGUCAUGGUGCCCACCUCUGUGUGCUAGAACCUGCUAUGCUGCAAUACUAGAUACUGCGAAACAGUCCUGGUAACUAAACGUUAGGCUUCCAAGACGCUUUGUCGCAGGACCCUGCUGAUUACAUAUUUAACCACCUGCAUCUUCCUUACACCUCCGCUGGAAAUGUUCUAUUUUAUGUAUAUGCUACAGGCUAUUUAGAGUAGGGUGUAACAGUUAUGCCAGUUGGACUAAAUCAUGAUCAGGCCAGUAAUACAAAUCCAAGGUCUUACUUAUAGUAUCUGUAUUCUGUGCCCACAGAAUGGAUGUUGGGAGGCAACAGGCUGAGGACAUAUUACUUCUUUUUUUUUUUAUAUUAACAAAAAGCAAUUCUCUUUCGGAAUAAAUACACAAUUUGGUAUAGAGGCAGUCUGAAUAUUAAUAUUGAAGCAGUAAAGAAUUAUCCAAAGUGACAUGUCAACUUAAGUUUUUUUUUUUAUAUAUCAUUGAUAGGGAGACUGUUUUAUCACAUUUAGCCAACUUUUUAACAUUUAGUUCAGUCAGUUCCAAUUCAGGCACAUGCUGUUACUAUACACCAAGGUAUUCUAAGCAGGAUAUUUGGGGAAAAAUAUUAAGAGCCCAAUUUAAAAAAUAUGGUGUUUUGAGCAAUAAUAUUGGUAAUACAUAAUUAUACCCAUCUUUAGCACUGUACUCAUUUUAAGAGCCACUUGAAAUAAUAAUAUCCUUAUUUCAAGUGAUAGAAGUUCUUGAAUGCGUCUGCAGUGAAUGCUCCUAGUGAGAAACUGCAAAUUCAGAUUUCGAGUCCGGAUUCCAUUCACUAAUGUUAAGAUUUGGAUACAGAUAAACAAUAAUUUAGAGCAAUUUAUGAUAGACCGAAGAUGUUUUAUAUCCUGCUGCAGUAACCCUUUAAAAUCCAUGUUUUUUCAGUCUUCCCCGCCUCAUAAAAUGGAUUUCACAGAGUAACGUUAGCAUAGGUCAAGAUAUAUAUUGAUUUUUAUUUUUUUAGUUCCAUUCCUUAAUUGCUGCUAACAUUUCCUUGACUUAAUUGCAAUUAUUUUAAAUAGAAAACAGUAUAGUACAGAAACUGUGUCUUAACACCCUACAAUGGCAUGAGGGGGGUGAAAAACGGAAUGCGUUUAUGAAAAGGAAAAAAGUUAGUCUGGGUGUAAUUUAAGCAAAACAAUACUUUCAGUGCCGGAUUAGCCCAUCGUGCAGCUGAACUACAAGCACCAUCAAUGUAUGUUUUAAAAUGUCUCUGUUUUAUGUUUGAAUGUAGCAACUGUGGAGAGACUUGGUGGAAAAGUGAGCUGUAAAUUGAUGGGAGGCUUACCAUUGUAUUUGCACAGUAUAUGUGAAACUUGCAAGUACUGCAUUUAUAUAGCACUGUGUUUCUGCCUAGCAGUAAUUAGAAUUGAUAAUUAUACCAUUAUUUGUCGAUGCUAUGAGUGGACCUUCACACCGCAGUCCAUGUAAAAUAAGCUUUAUAUGGAGGCAGAAGCGGUAUCUCUAAGCAUCUGAGUAGCUCUACUGAGAAUACCUACAAUGUUACAUCACACACAACAUAUUCAGCAAUGUUAUAGUCCAUUUGUGGCAUUUAUUGCAGGGCAUAAAACAAAAUCACAAGCGUAAUGCGUUAAACACUGGGCUGUAUUUGUCCACAUUUCACAGCUGCGAUUUCCCAGAGCAUUGUGAAUAUCAAAAUGUGGGUGUUUAUGGAAAGUAGCUUUUAUUCAAUAAUGUUGUACAGUAGUUUUGUUACAAAAAAUAUUUAUUAUAUUGUAAAUGUGGUCUUUGGUCUCUAACUGCUUUAUCUUUGUAUAUAACCCGUUGAUUAGCUUUUUAACACAGUACUAAAUGAUGCAACGGGAACAGUAUGAAAUACUGACGGUUGGGAUGUCGGCCGUCAGUAUACAGACAGCGGCAUCCCGGCCGUCAGUAUGCCGGCAGCGGGGCGAGCGCAGAGAGUGGGGAUAGUCCCUGUGAGCUGGGAUUCCGGCUGGCGGCAUUGUCAGCAGUCGGGAUUCCAGCAUCGGUAUCCUGACCGCUGGGAUACCAACUGCCGGCAAUUUAACUGCAUCCCAAUGCAACAGCCCAAAAUGUACACCCCGCUCCCUUCAUUUGUACAUAUAAUCUAACGCCGCUCCUGUAUGAAACUCUUCUAAACUACAUUUAUUCUGGUAAAUUUAAGGCACACCACAUACGUACAUGACUGUUUAUUUUCUGUAUGGCCUUCAGAAUAGUUACCAGCCUGUCAAAAUGAUGGAGCAACUUAACCAUAAUGUCAGCGCCAGCAGCUGCACGCUCCUGAAUGGAGCAACAAUUAACUUGCUACAUCGGACGCCAUCUAGUGGCUGCCGACAUGCAAAACACUUGAAUUAACCCCAUAGAGGUGAGGAGCAGCGUUAGUCUUUUAUUAUAUAGGAUGUUUCCUAGUGCUUUUCUUGUGGAUCUGUCUGGAAGAUGUCGGCCCAAGUUAUUGUUUGGUAACAUUGACAGUUUUCUACCAAUCUUUGUGAGUAGUUGUAGUGUGUUCAGGAACUAACAAAUCAUUGAGAGCAGGUCCCGGUGAGAUCGAUAGACGCAGAUAUGCAGACAGCGAAGACUAAUAGGCCCCACACAUUAGGCGAUAUAACUGAACGAUAUGAACGAAAACUCGUUCAUAUCGUUCAGUGUGUAGGCACCAAUGAUGAAUGAUGCGCGGCCCCGCGCUCGUUCAUCGUUGGUGCCGGGUAGCUUAUACAUGCAGGCCAAUAUGGACAAUCUCUUCCAUAUUAGCAUGCACUGCUAUGGAGCGAGGUGACGGGGGGGGGGAGUGAAGAAACUUCACUCCCCCCUGUCUCUGCCCCCUCGCUGCCGGGUCGCCUAUCGGCCGUCGGGCAGCUCGGCGGCGGGUCGCCUAAUGUGUAGGGUCCUUAAGUUCACGUUUUACUAAACGUUUAUAAUAACAAAGUGAAAAUAAACUACUUGGAGACUUAAACACAUUUUCAUUUGAAAAGGGUGCUGUUUAAUUACUGUAUCUUUGUAAUUCUUUUCCCUAAGCAAUAUUUAGUGCUGCAUCUUCAUGAUUUGAGAAUGAUCUGUGAAGGGAAAUGAACACUGUUUGGAUCAACAAAGGAAAGUUUUAUUUGUUGCCUAUUUUAGUCUGGAUUGUUUCAGACGUAGGGCUAAAUUUAUCAAGCCUUGGAAAGUGAUAAAUUGCACGGUGAUAAAGUAUCAGCUAAUCAGCUCCUAACUGUCUUUAUUCGAACACAGUCUGUAACAUGGCAGUUAGGAGCUGAUUAGCUGGUAAUUUAUCACUGUGACAUUUAUCGCUCUCCAAGACUUGAUAAAUCUGGGCCUUAGUUAGGAUCACAACAAAAUAGCAUUAUAGCUUUAGUGAUGUUUCUGUAUAAUGUGCUGAGCAGUGUAAUUGUACACCUGCAGACAUCCUCUAGAGAUGUAAUGAGCAUAUAUAUGAUUUUUGGGGAUUUUUAUUUUAAAAUGAUUCUCUUUUCAUCUGACAGGAGUAUCAAUAAUAUAUUUAAUUCAUUCUACAGCUCAAAUGUAAACCAUAGCUGGUCUUGGAUGUGUUCCUUUUAUUUGUCGCCUUUCAAACCUUUUGUUAAGAGAUUGCUCCCUGAGCUGUAAACCAUUAUUGUUGCUUUCUUGUACUUUAGUCUUUAAAAAAGCCUUUAGUCCUUUUCAUUAUUCAUGGGAAGAUUAAAAAAAAAAAAAAAAUGCUGCAAUCGUAAAAGUCACUUAAAACAAUCUGGAACCAUUAAGUCUGUUGAUAAGGCCACAAACGUACCAAUAUUCUUUAACUUGUGGCAUUUUGUGGCGGAGAGAAGAAUUAUGGCCAAUUUCAAGUAUAAUGAAAAAAAUAAAAUUAUAUAUAUAUACAGGUUGAGUAUCCCUUAUCCAAAUAUUCCGAAAUACGGAAUAUUCCGAAAUACGGACUUUUUUGAGUGAGAGUGAGAUAGUGAACCUUUGUUUUUUGAUGGCUCAAUGUGCACAAACUUUGUUUAAUACACAAAGUUAUUAAAAAUAUUGUAUUAAAUGACCUGCAGGCUGUGUGUACAAGGUGUAUAUGGAACAUAAAUGAAUUGUGUGAAUUUAGACACACUUUGUUUAAUGCACAAAGUAAUAAAAAAUAUUGGCUAAAAUGACCUUCAGGCUGUGUGUAUAAGGUGUAUAUGUAACAUAAAUGCAUUCUGUGCUUAGAUUUAGGUCCCAUCACCAUGAUAUCUCAUUAUGGUAUGCAAUUAUUCCAAAAUACGGAAAAAUCCGAUAUCCAAAAUACCUCUGGUCCCAAGCAUUUUGGAUAAGGGAUACUCAACCUGUGUGUAUGUAUGUAUGUAUAUAUAUAUAUAUAUAUAUAUAUAUAUAUAUAUACAUACAUUUUAAAACCUUCACAAUGCAGAAUGCAAUCCUUGAAUGGGAUCUCAGUAUGUAUUAUUGUGAAUAUCCGCUAAACUGUUCUAUCUUUUUUAGUUUUUAAUAGUUAGCAAGAUAAAAAUAAACCAUUUAUUUAAACACACACAUUUUAUGAGUUCUAAAGUAGGGUGUUCACAGUUGCAUUAAAUACAGUAUUUACCUAGAUCUGUGAUGGCUAACCUUGGCACUCCAGCUGCUGUUGAACUACACAUCCCAGCAUGCCCUGCUACAGUUUUGCUAUUUGGCCAUGCUAAAACUGAUGCAGGGCAUGCUGGGAUGUGUAGUUCAACAACAGCUGGAGUGCCGAGGUUAGCCAUCACUGACCUAGAUCAUUGGGUAGUUUGAAUAUUUCAUCACCAUUUAAGCAUACGAAACAUACAGGUGCCCAAAUACAGUGUGGAUAUACUUUUUACAAAUUGAUGUACAGUUGCAAUUAUUUAAAACAUGUUUAUGUGCAGUUUUACAUGUAAAAACUUUCUAUGUUUGCAAAUAUAUAUUUUUUAAUUCUAAAUAAA